AGUUUUUAAUGUCUGCGUUUUAUUUUCAUGCAACAAAUCCGUGUGCGUAAAGUCGUCACUUCCGCUCAUGCUGACUCCAACUUGCAUCAUUUCUUGUCUCUUUUGGCAGCCGGGUGCAGACAGCAUACAUCAUGGUGGAACCAGUCCCUGAGUCCAUCCACUUUCCCUCGGAGGAGGAGAAGAUAUUGCAGUUUUGGCAAGAAAAGGACUGCUUCCAAGAAUGCCUCAAACAGUCCAAAAACAGGCCCAGGUACACAUUCUAUGAUGGUCCUCCUUUUGCCACGGGUCUACCCCACUAUGGACACAUUCUAGCCGGCACCAUCAAGGACAUUGUUACUCGCUUUGCCCACCAGAGCGGCUUCCACGUGGAUCGGCGUUUUGGCUGGGACUGUCAUGGCCUGCCUGUGGAGUAUGAGAUUGAUAAAACUUUGGGGAUCAAAGGGCCUGAAGAUGUGGCCAAGAUGGGCAUUGCUGAGUACAACAAAGAGUGCAGAGGCAUUGUCAUGAGAUAUGCCCGCGAGUGGGAGGCUUCAGUCAAGCGGAUGGGAAGGUGGAUUGACUUCAAGAAUGAUUACAAGACUCUCUACCCGUGGUUCAUGGAGACUGUCUGGUGGGUGUUCAAACAGCUGUACGACAAGGGUCUGGUUUACAGAGGUGUCAAAGUCAUGCCUUUCUCCACGGCUUGCAACACCCCCCUGUCCAACUUUGAGUCCCACCAGAACUACAAGGAUGUUCAAGACCCAUCGGUCAUCGUCAGCUUCCCAUUGGUUGAGAAUGAGGAAGUGUCUCUGAUCGCCUGGACAACCACACCCUGGACGCUGCCAAGCAACCUGGCCCUCUGCGUUAACCCAGAGUUAUUGUAUGUCAAGGUUAAAGAUAAUACCACAGACAAGACGUACAUUAUGAUGGAGGCCAGGCUGGGGGCUCUGUUUAAGUCAGAGAGCGAGUACACUGUCUUGGACAAAUUUCCCGGCAAGAUGCUGAAAGGGAAAAAAUACAAGCCUCUUUUCCAGUACUUUGCCAAGUGUGGAGAGAUGGGAGCUUUCCAGGUGGUGGUGGAUAACUACGUCAAGGAGGAAGAGGGCACUGGAGUGGUCCACCAGGCACCGUACUUUGGAGCUGAUGAUUACAGGAUAUGCAUGGACUUCAACAUCAUCCAGAGGGACCAGGCUCCUAUCUGCCCUGUGGAUGCCUCGGGCUGUUUCACUUCAGAGGUCACAGACUUUGCAGGACAGUAUGUCAAAGAUAGUGACAAGAAUAUCAUCAAGUUGCUGAAGGAGAAGGGUCGCCUCGUCCAUGCCAGCACUUUCAAACAUAGUUACCCCUUCUGCUGGAGGUCUGACACGCCCUUGAUCUACAAAGCUGUCCCUAGCUGGUUUCUUCGAGUGGAGCACAUGGCGGGGAAACUGCUGGACAACAAUGGCAAAUGCUACUGGGUUCCAGAGUUUGUGCGUGAGAAGCGUUUCGGGAACUGGUUGAGAGACGCACGAGACUGGGCGAUUUCGAGGAACCGUUACUGGGGCACGCCGAUCCCUCUCUGGACCAGCGACGACUUUGAGGAGAUGGUGUGUGUCGGGUCCAUCACUGAAUUGGAAGAGCUCACGGGAGUCAAAGUAACUGAUCUGCAUCGGGAGAGCAUUGACAACCUGACCAUCCCGUCACGGUGCGGUAAGGGCGUGCUGCGGAGGGUAACCGAGGUGUUUGACUGCUGGUUUGAGAGCGGUAGCAUGCCUUACGCCCAGGUCCACUACCCAUUCGAAAACAAGAAGGAGUUUGAGGACAUGUUCCCAGCAGACUUCAUUGCCGAAGGCAUUGACCAGACGAGGGGAUGGUUCUACACCCUGUUAGUGCUCUCCACAGCACUGUUUGGCAAACCACCCUUCAAGAAUGUCAUUGUUAAUGGAUUGGUCCUUGCUAGCGAUGGACAGAAGAUGAGCAAGCGCAAGAAGAACUAUCCCGAUCCAGGACUAAUAGUGCAGAACUAUGGAGCUGAUGCCCUCAGACUGUACCUCAUCAACUCUCCUGUAGUGAGAGCAGAGAACCUGCGUUUCAAAGAGGAGGGAGUGCGAGAUGUGCUGAAGGAUGUCUUCCUGCCGUGGUAUAAUGCCUAUCGUUUCCUGGUGCAGAACGUGCAGAGGUUACAGAAGGAGGAUGACAUUCAGUUCCUGUACAAUGAAAACAUGGCAAAGCAGAGUGACAACAUCAUGGACAAAUGGAUUCUGUCCUUCACACAGUCCCUCAUCCAGUUCUUCAAGGUUGAGAUGGAUGCUUACCGCCUGUACACCGUUGUGCCUCGCCUGGUCAAGUUUGUGGACAUGCUCACCAACUGGUACGUCCGGACCAACAGGCGCCGCCUGAAGGGAGAGAGUGGCACAGAGGACUGCCUGUGGGCGCUGGAAACCCUUUUCAGCGUUCUGUUCUCCAUGUGCAGGCUGAUGGCUCCAUUCACACCCUUCAUCACAGAGAUGAUGUACCAAAAUCUGCGUCACCUCAUCGAUCCUGCCUCUGUCGAAGAGAAGGACACUGGCAGCAUCCACUAUCUCAUGCUGCCCCAAGUCAGGGAAAGUGUGAUUGACAAGCGCAUUGAGAGCGCUGUCUCUCAGAUGCAGUCUGUGAUCGAGUUGGGCAGAGUGAUCCGAGACAGGAAGACCCUGCCUAUCAAGUACCCACUGAAAGAGGUGGUGGUUAUUCACCAGGACCCAGAGGCCCUUAAAGACAUCCAGUCCCUUCAGAAAUACAUCCUGGAAGAGCUUAACGUCCGGCAGUUGACACUGUCAACAGACAAGGACAAGUACGGUAUUCGUCUGAGAGCCGAGCCAGACCACAUGGUGCUGGGCAAGAGACUAAAGGGAGCCUUCAAAUCUGUCACUGCUUCUAUCAAGGAGCUCACCAGCAAACAGCUAGAGGCCUUCCAGAAGACAGGAUCCAUCACGGUGGACGGUCAUGAACUUCGUGAGGAGGACCUGAGGCUGAUGUACACCUUUGACCAGAGCUCUGGUUCAGCUGCACAGUAUGAAGCACACUCUGAUGCACAGGUCCUGGUGCUGCUGGAUGUCACCCCUGACCAGUCCAUGCUGGAUGAAGGCGUUGCCCGAGAGGUCAUCAACCGCAUUCAGAAACUACGCAAGAAGGGCCAUUUGGUGCCAUCAGAUGAGAUAACUGUGCACUACCGCUGCCAGCCAGAGGGAGAGUACUUGGACUCUGUGAUCCAGGCUCACAGUGACUUUAUCCUGGCUACCACCAAGGCUCCACUGUUGCCUUUUCCUGUUCCCAAGACUGCCACUGUCAUCAUAGAAGAAAAGACUCAGCUGAAGGGCUCAGACUUCGAGUUAACCAUAAUAAAAGGAUCUUCAGCCCCUUGGGCUCCUCUGAACGGACCAGCUUGUACUUAUGUGAACGUCAGGGUGAAGGUCAACAACAAAGAACAAGAGGGAGUGGUAUUGUUGGAGAACCCCAAAGGGGAUAACAGACUAGACUUGGACAAGCUGAAGAAAGUGAGCAGCACCAUCUUUGGACCCAGUAACACCCAGCUCAGAUUCUUCAGCGGUGGCACUGAGUUGACCAACAAAAUGGACCUUCAAGCUCUGAGUGGUAAAACCGUGACAGUGACAUCAGGUUCCUCCCACGACCCCGAACCCACCACCAACUCCCUCUUGUGUCCUUACGUGAACCUCCUGCUCUGCAACGCACAACCAGCUGAGUGCCAGACAGGAGAGGUGGGCACCAUCCUGCUGGCAAACCCAGUGGGUCAGAAUGGACUUGACUUCUCAGGCUUGCUGUCUGAGGCUGCCAAGGUCUUUGGCCUCCGCAGCAGACGGCUCAAGCUCUACCUGGACAAAGACCUCACCCAGGAGCUGCCAGCAGAUUCAUCAGUAAAAUCUCUAGACACCAAAACUCUGUUUGUGAGAGUUCUUCCAACAACUGCCGAAGCAUAAACCAGAGAAGCCACCUUAGGAUCUUGCCAUGAAGAUUUGUAUCACACCCUCACAGUUUUCCUGAUUUCACUUUUUUAUCACUAAAAUCCCACCAUUAACCCACAUGAUGUGCAGUGGAUUCAUAACACCAAGUCUUUUUUGGAAUUCCUGAUGCAAAGCAGGCUUGUCUGUCAAGGUCACAUCUGUUCCAUCCAUCAAUCCAUGCUGUCAUUCUCGCCCAUGUCCUGAAAGUUUGUAAGAAGACUUAAGGCACAGAAUCAAUGCCUACAAAAGUCUGUAGAGAGUUUGAUGUGUUUCAGGACAUUUUAAGAUAUGGUGAUGGCUCCAAUUAAUCAUCGUACUUAGCCAAGACUUAUAUUACCGUUCUCCUUGUCUUUUCCCCUCAUAUUGUCACCAAUUAAAAGUGACAGUUUUGUAAGCAGGCACAAUGCCAUACCAGGUUAUAUUUGUUCUGGGCAGAGAAGAGAUCUACAUUAUUUCUUUGCUAGAAACUACAAACUACACCAGAAAUAAAUGACAUGGCUCAUUUCUCAUAUUUAAACAUUUUUUUCAGUCAUGUUUCACUAACUCUUGGAAAUGAAGAUAUUGGGGGAUUGUCUAACCUUUCUAGCUGUCAUAAUAACAAUGGAUGUUGUUUCUUUAUUAUGCUAAUUAUAAUAAAUUCAUGCAAGCCACUUUAAGGCUUAUUUAAAGUGGGCUUAGUCCAGAAUAAUUAUUGUUGUAGCUCAUAAUUGGGGAACCAAUUUGACCUAUUGUGCUUACGGACAAUUUAAUAGUUAAACCUGUUCUGUUCAUCGCUUUUGGAAUUCUCAGUUGUAAAGGCAUUUAAGAGGUGAAAUGGAUUUUCGGGCUGCUGUACCUUCGGGACAAAAGGGUUCUCUAGUAAGAAAAGCAACAAAUGGAUAAUAUACUAUUUUAAGUGACAAACAGAAUAAAUCAAAAGUGGCUAAGAAUCUGCAA